UUGGAAUUUAGGGCAUUGGUGCUUCAAUACAUGCCCAAUGGCAGCUUAGAAAUGCUGCUACACAACUCUCAAGGUACAACCGAAUUGGGAUUCAGUGAGAGACUAGGCAUCAUGCUCGAUGUGUCAUUGGCAAUGGAGUAUCUGCACCAUGAACACUACGAGGUGGUCUUGCACUGUGACUUGAAGCCUAGCAAUGUGUUGUUCGAUGAGGACAUGACAGCACAUGUGGCAGACUUUGGCAUUGCAAGGUUGUUACUAGGUGAUGACAGCUCUACAAUCACUGCAAGCAUGCCUGGAACUGUUGGCUACAUGGCACCAGAGUAUGGGGCUCAGGCAAAAGCUUCACGAAAAAGUGAUGUAUUCAGCUUUGGAAUCAUGCUCUUUGAAGUCUUCACUAGAAAGAGACCCACAGAUGUGUUUUUUGUUGGAGAAAUAAGCCUGAGGCAGUGGGUUGUUGAGGCAUUUCCCGCAGAACUUGUCCGUGUUGUGGAUGAUCAGCUACUACAAGGGUCUUUUAGCUACAGCACGGAAGGCUUUCUUGUGCCGGUAUUUGAGUUGGGUCUGGCCUGCACUAGCGACUCUCCUGACCAAAGGAUGACAAUGAGCGAUGUGGUUGUGAAACUGAAGAAGAUCCAAGUGGCCUGCAAUAAAUCAAUAGCAGCCGCACAGAAUGAAGCCAGUCAUUGAUCAACACUGCUUGGUUCGUUCUGCUAUAUAUCAGAAUAACGGGCGAAAAACAUGCAACCAAAUUCAAGAUGUCAAAAGGCUACAAUGCAUCUGUUAAGAUAUGCCAUAGGAAUAGACUAGAACCUUCUAGAUCCUAUCAUCGUACAUGGUUUCGUUGAGAUAAACCUUAAUGUAUUCCAUGUAAUCCCUAGUAUUCCUUGUGUAUCAAGUCCAAUAACCUCCAGAUGUAAUUUCCUGCUUGUAUGCUAUUACGGGAUAAGCACUGCAAUAUAAAUACAUUGUACGUGG